CCGCCGCACGCCCGCCACACGCACGCUAUCGCCAGCACCAUGCGAGUCCUCCUCGUCGCCGUCCUCGCCCUCGGCGCCGCCCUGGCCAAGCCGCCGCCCGCCUUCGGCCCCCCAGCCGCCGCCCCGUGGGCCGCAUACGCCGCAGCAAAGCCGGGUAAGCCGGGCCCUGUGUUCAGCCGCUCGCUGGUCGGUCUGGGCGGGGUGGGGGCCCCUGACACAUCAGCCCCAGAGGAUGAGUUCCCAUCGUCUGGCAUGGGCACGGGACCCUUGGGGUCCAUGGGGCCCAUGGGGCCCAUGUCACCCUUCAUGAAGAUCAAGCCGUUCCUGCCCACCAAGCCCACGUUCAUGCCGCCCGUCGUGGACCCAUCCAAGUUCAUCGACAUGAAGGCCAGCCUGCUCAACAGCCUGUUCCCCGGGGGCUUCCCUCCGGCGGGCCCCGCGGGGCUGGCCGGCGCCGCCCCCGCCGCCUACAGCGGGCUCGCCGCACGGGCCCUCAGCCCCUUCGCUGCCCCCGCCGGCCCAUUCGCACCCGCCUCCCCCGUGGCCAAGCCGCCGCCCCCGGCCUUCCUGGCCGACCUGUUCAAGGCCCUGAGCAUCAACAAGACGGUGGCGGAUCCCGCCGCCCCCGCCGCGGCCUUCCCCGGAGCGUACCCGGGCGGUGCGCCCGUGCCGCCGGUGGUCGACCCUGGCGUCUUCAUCUCCAAGAAGGCUAAGUUCCUGAGUGACCUGUUCGCCGGGAUGGCCACGACCACCCCGGCACCCGAGCCCGCGUCCCCCGAUCCCGCUGCCGUCAACGCCCAGCUCGCCGCCUCCCUGCAGAAGCUGCUCGACGCGCUGGCCACCCCCCAGGACGUCUCCGAGGACGAGCCGGCGCCCGUCGGCAAGGCGAGGCGCGCGGCCGACACGGCGCUGCUGGUGGCGGACGCCAAGGACAAGGUGGUGGACACCAUCAUCGCCCAGCUCGCCGAGCUCAAGGACGGCAUGGUGGGUGCCGUCAGCGACCUCGCAGCGGCCCAGAAGGCCGCGGAUGCCGCCGUAGCCGCCGCCACCCCCGCACCCUCCAAGAAGCCGCUGUCCCCCUACGCGGCGAUGUGGGCCAAGCCGACCCCGGGGGCCACCGCCGCCCCCACCAGGCCUCCCGUCGCCGUCGAGCCGGUGCGCCAGAAGGUGGUGCUCCUCGGGCAGGUGUUCGACAUGCUCACCGAGAUAGAGAAGAACAUCACCGACGCGAUGACGGUCCCCGCCCAGCCCGAGGCCUUCGCCGAGGAGACCACAACAGCCACCCCGGACCUGAUGGACAUGGUGAAGGCCAAGAUCAACCAGGUGAUUGCCCAGACUAACGGUAGCAGCCCGCCGGCACCCCUCAACAGGACGGCGCCCGUCUUCACGUCUGCAGCGAAGAGUCUGAGGCUGGCAGGCGAGGCCCCCGCGCCCGCUGCUGGCCCCGCCGUGGACCCCACUUUCUGGAUCCCGGACUCUGCUAUCGUGGGCCCAGAUGCCUACCUCGCUAAGACUAAAGCCUUCCUAUCCACC